UGGCUGCGACGCGCUGCCACCACUUCCACUCCCUCGCCCGCCCUUCACUCGCCCUCACGCACCUGCACCUGCUGCCGUCGCUCUUUCCCUCCAUCUAUCUGCUGCAAACUCCCGUGGGGCCUCGAUCGGUGGGCCGCUCGCACUUCAGCCGGAACCGCCACUGCCGCUAACCGCAGUCCACAUAGCUGCGCUCCGUGCACCACCCAUUGUCGCUGGGGCCCGCGUCUCUCCUUUCCGCAGCAAUCUCCAGUUCAUUAUCACUGCCUCUCUCCCACUCCACACAAUGGCACAAUAGCCCUCCGUCAGGGCCUCGGGCGCGUGGCCGAUCUAUUGCCUCCCAUUGACUCCAUUCACCGCCGCCGUCCACUGCACGCGCCAUUGCAGACCCCCGACACAGCAUUGUCUACAACCUCACCGACUCGGCCGCGCAUUCACAGACGACCUCCGCGUCCCACGCUCGUUUAGCAGUCAUAUCCUUCGCAUCCCCGGCGCCGCGAGAUCCCAGAAAACCGCUCCCUACCUCCAUCGGAAGGACUGCACUGUACCCGGCCACGACUUCUGGUGCGAACCAGCAGCACCUCUCUGCAACCCAGAACCGCACUGGUUUACACAAAGCGACGCAUUGGCCCCUCAUUCCUUAUUGCAAGCAACAAAGACAACAGCAACCCCCCCUCCGCGCUGGCCGCGAUGCAGCAUUUACAGCACCACCAUUUCGCCCGACACGGAGGCAUGCCCGGCGUCCCCUUCGCUUCUGAUGCCGGGCAUGUCAUGUCGCCUCCGAAUCCAGAUGUCUUAUCAGGCGCGUUACUUCCCCGCGCAGAGGUUCAAGACUUUGGCCUCAGUCUCAACCUUAGCGCUGCCGCUACUCCUUUCACCCAUGGCCUCAAAGGAGUCAACCAAUAUCUGAACUACCUCCUGGCCAAUGUACUGGUCCUGUCGUUCAUGAUAUUGCUCGCCGGCACGCUCAUAUACAGAUGGAUCGGAAUGAUCCACAAGCACAUGCGGCAUCUGUUCACUAUGGGAGGGCAAAGGGAUCAGCGCUAUUUCAUGCAUAACCAUACCAAGGUGUGGCCGUGGAUCAAAAGAUACGUGCUCUACGCGCCUUUCUGGAGGGUGCGACACAAUCGAGAAUUCACUUUGUGGCAGAAACAGGUCACUGUCGGGACUCUGCCAUCGCGAUUCCAUUCCUUCCUCUUAUUCGUUUACUUGGCCUCGAACGCUGGAUACUGCGCCGCACUUGACUACACGCAGCCUUCGCCGAGCGUGGUCGCCGAAUUCAGAGGCCGUACCGGUGUUCUGGCUGCGCUUAACAUGAUUCCCACCAUCUUGUUCGCGCUUCGAAACAACCCCAUGAUCCCUCUGCUGAGAGUGCCCUACGACACUUUCAACUUAUUGCACCGAUGGACGGCACGCAUGAUGGUUCUGGAAAGUAUACUACAUACGAUUGCCUGGGGAGUAAAUGCAUGGAGCGCUGGUGGAAGCAAACAGCUUGAACUCUCCUUGAGUACCUCUGUGAGUUACAGUUGGGGUAUGGUGGGCUCGGCCGUAUUCACCUAUUUGGUGAUUGCAUCAUGUGGACCAAUUCGGCAUCAUUUCUACGAAUUCUUCAUUAACUCGCAUCGAAUUCUGGCCUUUCUCGGCAUUAUCGGAGUGUACGUUCACCUGGACGCGGCCAAACUGCCCAUGCUGCCGUACGUACAGCUCAGUCUGAUCUUCUGGGCCACUGAGCUGGUUGCACGGACCUAUCGGAUCCUGUAUUACAACUGGAGCCGAAAACGAGGUUGGACCAAAGUCACGAUCGAAUGGCUUCCAGCAGAAGCAUGCCGCGUGACUUACCAGAUCUCGAGGCCGUGGAAAUGGAGGCCAGGUGCACACGUACAUGCAUACCUGCCGUCAAUCGCGUGGGUAGGCAGCCAUCCUUUCUCAAUAGCUUGGGCGGAAAACAGGCCGCUACAUGCACCAGCAAUGGAGAUUGAAAUGGAGAAGCUCCCUCCGAUGACAACAGGAGUUUUCAGCGAUCAAGUCCGACAAAGUAUGUUGGCACGACAGAGCAUGAUGGGGCGCGUGCAGAUUCCCACGAAGCCCAUCACAUUGGCAGAGAUGGCGAACGUGGCAGAAGUCGCCCACAAGCCGGCAGAUGGCAAUGUUACGGUGACUGGCAACGCCAAAGUCACCAACAUUUCCCUCGUCAUUCGAGCGCGAGAAGGCAUGACAAGGAAAAUGUACGACAGGCUCCUCAAAAAUGACCGGCAGCCCAUAACAACGUGGGGCUUCAUGGAAGGGCCGUACGGCGGGCACGACUCGUUGUCCUCGUAUGGAACCGUAAUCCUGUUCGCUGGUGGCAUCGGCAUCACGCACGCAAUCGGCUACGUCCACGACCUGAUGUCCCAAUACGCGGCAGGAAUGUGCUCAACGCGUAAGAUAUUACUGGUCUGGUCAGUACCGAACACAGAAUGCCUGGAAUGGGUCCGAAUAUGGAUGGACCAAAUCUUGCGAAUGGAGCACCGAAGAGAGCUUCUUAAGAUCCAGCUCUUCAUUACGAAACCCCGGCACCGAGGAGAAGUCGUGUCGAGUACGGGCUCUGUGCAAAUGUUUCCCGGGCGCUGCCGGCCUCGCGCUGUGAUUGAGAAGGAAAUACCUGACAGAAUCGGCUCCGUCGGUGUCACCGUGUGUGGUCCAGGCGCGCUGGCCGACGAUGUGCGGGCGGCGUGUCGAGCACACGUGGAAGACGCGAGUUUGGACUUCAUCGAGGAAGCGUUCACAUAUUGAUUGCUUUGGAGCGAGCACCCGCAAACACCAGAACAUUUUUGUUUCAUCACAGCAUGAGCGGAACCUGACCAACUAGCUACAGGAUUUCUUACGACGUUACGGUGGGCAACACAAUGCCACGUUUUCUGCGCCAGCAAUUGAAUCUGGCUGGCUGCUUUCUGCGAAAGAUACCACUCUGCGCGCGCCUACAUUUGUGACUGCAUAGCGAAAGAAGGAGGACCAUUGGGCUGCAUUAGGCUAUUACCUUUAGUGUUUUUCAAUAGAUUCGAGCAGAGUAAAAGCAAGAAACCAUUUCACAAAC